UGCACCGCGCUGCGCCGGGACCUUCCGGCCGGCGCGCGGAGGACAAAGCUGAUUGCGUAGGCCCGCAUAGUGGUCGUGGUGGUUUUCCUUGUAGUUCGUGGUCUAAGGCUAGGCCUCAAGUGAGAACUGCGUCACCAUGUUAUACUCGCGGCAGAACCGAGAACCUUUAAGGUUUCUGCCGGAUGAGUCCCGGAGCCUGCCCCCGCCCAACCUGACCGACCCGCGUAUCCUUUAUUUAGGCUUCUUGGGGUACUGCACCGGCCUGCUUGACAACUACAUCUACCGGAGGCCGGUCCUGAAGGCGGGUUUGCAUCGCCAGCUUCUGUAUGUUACAGCCUUUUAUUUUGCUGGAUAUUUUCUUGUAAAACGUCAUGACUACGUAUGUGCUGUGAGGGAUCGUGACAUGUUUGAGUAUGUAAAAUUACAUCCAGAGGAUUUUCCUGAAGAAAAAGAGAAGAAAACGUAUGGUCAACUUUUUGAAAAAUUCUAUCCAGUACGUUGAAGUCUUCAAAAUGCUUGCUCCAGUUUCACUGAUACCUGCCGUUUCUGAAUUUGAUGGAACACGUUUCCAGUGACAGUUGUUUAUGCUAAUCUGUAUGUUGACACCUUGUAAUUAAAAUAGUUACCUUGA